CCGGUAAUUGCUUCAAGUGCGCCAGGCACCAAGGCUGUACCGAACCGGCAGUCAGUGCAACCUCUCGCUUUCAUUGUGUUUUUACACACAGUCUGCAGUUAAGACUGACCGUAAAUACAAGUGUAAAAAAAAAACAAAAAUACACUAUAAAUUUCGAACGCUGAAGCAUCAAAUAUAUUUAAAAUGUCGGUCCCAGAAUACUUCGAGUUAAACGGAGGAGAUCGCAUGCCCAAAAUUGGAUUUGGUACUUGGCAGUCAUCUGAUGAAGUCUUAGAGAAGGCUGUACUGGCCGCUUUGGAUGCGGGCUAUAGACACUUCGACACCGCCCAUGCCUAUGAGAACGAGGCAGCUUUGGGGCGAGCGCUACGGAAAUGGAUCGGUGAUGACCCCGCCAAAAGGCGAGAGCUAUUCGUCGUCACCAAAUUGCCACCAGGAGGUAAUCGUCCAGAUUUGGUCAGGGAGUAUUUUGACACGUCUAUCCGUAACCUCGGAUUGGAUUACAUAGAUAUGUAUUUGAUGCACACACCCUUUGCGUUCGAACAUGUACCAGGUGACCUGCAUCCUAAGAACCCUGACGGCACUAUGAAGGUGGACUAUUCCACGGAUCUAGCAGCAGUCUGGAAAACACUGCUAAAAUUAAAAGAAUCCGGUCAGGUGCGUCAUCUCGGAGUUUCGAAUUUGAAUUUAGAACAACUGACUAGACUCAGUAAAAUCGAGAAGCCAGCUUGCUUACAAGUAGAAGUUCACCUGCUGUGCCAGCAAAAAGCUUUAGUCGAGGCUGCGAAAAAAUUAUCAAUUCCUAUUGUGGCGUACUCUCCGCUCGGAUCAAAAGCGCUCGCGGACGCCUUAGCUGCUAAAACUGGGCGUGAAUAUCCGGAUCUGCUACAGCUGCCGGUAGUGAAACGUAUUGCAGAGGCACACGAUCGCACCCCUGCACAGGUGCUACUCCGAUACACGGUGCAACGUGGAUUGGCUGCCAUACCAAAGAGCACUAAUCCUACUCGUAUUAAACAGAACUUAUCUAUUUGGGAUUUCGAAUUAAGCGAUUCCGAAAUGAAAGACCUCGGUGCUUUAGACAAAGGAGAGGAGGGACGUAUAUGUGAUUUCACAUUCUUCCCAGGUAUAGAGAAACAUGCAGAGUUUCCAUUUAAAAACUAAACUUAAGCUGAUAAUUGACAUUGUUUUUGGCAUAUCAUGUGCUUCAGAAGAAAUAUUUUAAUAUAUAUUUGGAUUUCUCGAUGAGUACCUACUGUUUUAAUGACAAUUAUACACAUGUAACAUUUUCGAAAAGUGUUUC